AUGAACAAUGCGGACGAGUGGCGACUCAGUCCGCUCUCGAUCGAGGACCUCUUCGCCGGCCUCAGCCUCAUCCUCAUCGCCCUUUUCUCGAUCUCCGUCUACGCGAUUAUGAUGAAGAUUAUGAAGAGGCAGGACAAGGAGAUCGUCGGUUAUCGCUUCCUCACCUCAGCCGGAUUCUCCGAUCUUUUACUCCUCGUCAACUAUGGACUGUGGCCAGGACUGACGAUUCUGUUGAAGUCGGAGAUCAUUCCGAAGAAUUGGCGGACGUGGCAACAGGUGUGUCUGAUUCUAAUCGAAUCUAGUCAGAAUCGGAUCAGUUGCAGAUGUACCUCGACUGGGCCUGGUUCUCAAUGGUCUCACACUAUUCGGUCGUGAGCUGGUCGCGAUGGAUGGCCAUCCGAAAGCCGUUGGCGUUUCGCAACCAGAAGCGCAAAACUUCGUACUCGCUGUGCGCGUUGUGCUACCUGGUGGCACUGAUUCUGGUAAGUACGAGUAAACAAAAGGCUCAUCAGCAAUUCUGAGCCAGCCCACGUGUCCACACCUUCCGGUUAUUUAUAGCGGAAAGGUUGAAGACCCCUCGUACAUGCCUAAUAACUUGUGCUCCAUUCACAUUCCUAAUUGCAUAUGUAUUUAUGUAUGAAAAACGAAAUUGAAUGAGGGGCGAUGGCGAUGUAAACAGGAAUGGAUCGUCGAUGUGUAAUUGGAGCUGUCCGUCAUGGACCAGCGCCACGCAGCUUUUCAGUAAAAGCGAGCGGAAGAGAGCAAUGUUUGGAAGGGAAUGGGAAGGGACUUCUUCUGUCACGUUUGGCUAAGCAAACGCGAUUAUUUUGAGAACAGCGACGCCGAAAAAGUCAGAUUUUUUACAUAACCUGUCAAUUUUGCUGGCUUUCCGAUGAACCCAUUUAAAAAUGUGUUAAAUGUACGAUUUUGAAACAAGAACAGUGGAAAAAAACGUGUAUUUUGAAAAUUCGAAAAUGCAGCGGAGCGCGUUUGCAUAGCCAAAGCGGUUAGCAACAAUAUUAUAGGGGCACCGGACAGAAAGGGCGCUCUGUUCGCGAUCUGGCCGAAUUUCUAGGCCGGGAAGUAAUUUUCCACUGAAAAUGUCGCCUAACUUUUCAAACUCGGCCCCGAGGUCGCUCAAUUUGCACUGCAAAAAUUGUUUCUCAACAGAGCGCCAUGUUUGUGCGGUGCCCUUAUAAUAAAUGUUCAAUGGUGAUGCGGGCUUCUAGUCGAAAUUGUAGCCUCCUUGGGCUUCAACAAAACAGACUAGAAAACAGACAUCUUCCAGGUGCUCUCGACUCACUUUCAACGCUGGUACGUCACGUUCUACUACGAGCCGUCGUCCUAUGGAAUGCUCGCCGAAGACUUCCCGCUCUACCUGUCGGGCGGUCAAUCCGCACUUUUCCUCGCAUUUCACAUCGCCGCCAUCGUACCACCCAUCGUUUUCUAUGGGUUAGUUUUGAAAAUAAAGGGGGAGGAAAUUCGUGUGAAAUUCGAGAAUGUGUGUUGGUUUUGACGAAAACGUAAAUCAUACAUCGCCACGAGUUCAAACGCUUUCGAAAAUCUAAUCCCCCACCGGCUUGACCACAUGCGCAUGAUUUCGUUAGUCUUUUCCUUUCUCUCCAAUAUUCAAUGGUUUCCUUUUCAUUUCGUUUCGAUGGAUUAGAAUGCGAGCGUAUCAAAUUACACACUUUCAGAUGGUCCAUCGCUCUUCUCUAUCAUCGACGGACGACAAUGUUGCUGGUGAAUCAGCAGUCCGUGCAGAACAGCAUUGAAACGAGGUAGGAGGUGGUGGUGAGACAACAACGAAUUUGCGAAACAUGGAAGCCAACAAUGACUGGUGUAGUCUGUAGGAAGCACACUUUUCAUAAUACUUGUACCUAGUGCAGCUAGGGUGCCUAAGAACUUCUUGAGAACACGCUCGGAAAUGGAUUGUGGCUUAGGUUUAGUAAUCUGCACAAAAGACUGCAAAAGAACCAAGAUCCGGCGUAAAUGCUGUGUUCUAAUUGGAAGUUUUGGACCCCCCCCCCCCCAUUACAGGCUUUACUGUCCAAAACUUCAAAUUCGAGCAUUAUUUUUCACAUGUUUUACGGUCUUUUCGGACAUAUUGAGUCAAAGUCGACGAAUUUACUUUUCACGCACAAAAAUCAUAUUCUUGUUAGUGAUCGUUCAAGAAUUUGAUUAGAUUUGACGUGAGUUGGUUUUCCAUGAAUUAAUACCAGGAAAAGAUUGAUAGUACGGAAAUAACUGGAGCUUGCUCAAAUUGACCUGAAAUUCCAGAUUACUGAUGCCGUGCCUCUUCAACGUCGUCACGUUCAUUAUCGGUCAAGUGCUGAUAACAGUGGGAACGGGCGAAGGAAAGUGGGCGGGCUACACGGUGAUGGUCCUUUUCGCCGCGAACUCUGCCCUCAACCCCUUCCUUCUGCUCAUUUGCUCCAAGACUUUGAGGUAAUCAUCGACAACCUAAAAACCUUUAAAACUUUACAUUUCUUCUCUAGAAAACAAGUGCUCGAAAUGCUAGGCGUCACGAAAAUCACCGACAAAUUCGAGACUUCCACUGUGUACAGGUGAGUAUUCUGACGUUUUCCUUUUUUCCCAAACCUGUUCCGUUCCAGAAACAUCCACGCAGUCAAUGGCGAUCUGUUCGUCUCAAAACAACAUCCGCGAUCUUCGCGUCGUUUUCUGAGCCUUCCGACGACGCCGUUCCGAUCGAGAGAAGAGCUCGGAACUCCAGUCUGA